AUGCCGCGACUCGGCAUGUCUGAACGGGGCCGCCUCUUGCCAAUGGAUGUGGCCUGUUCCCGGCUGGUGCCGGCUGUUCAGGUCCCUCGCCCCACACAUCGGGCAGGCUGGAGCCAGCCGCUGUGCUCCGGUCUUCUGGCAGUGCCCGUAGUUAGGCAUUUGGCAAGGCCGCGCACACUCAGUCGUGCCCGUGUGCAGCUGCGGGCAGGGAGGAGCUGUGAGCCCUUGCUGCGGUGGCUGAAGGAUUUACCAGAUGUGGAAGGCCUUGACAAGUUGCGCAUUAGACAAAGCGCCUAUGCUGACGGAGGCCUCGGCGUGUUUGCUGCCCGCAGCUUUGAAGCGGGCGAAUUGGUUUGUAAAGUUCCCAGCCAAGCGCUGCUGAUGCCAGGCGGCGAUGCUGACGCUGAAUCCCUCGCAACGGCGCUGUUGCAGGAAUACCAGGACGCAGACUCACGGUUUCAGCCGUACUUCCAGUCCUUGCCAGAUAAGAUAGACUUGGCGCCUUUGCAUCCCCUGCUGUGGCCAAAGGAGCUUCAGCAAGCUGAGUAUCUUGCAGAGCUGUUCGAUGGAAGUGCCCUUGCACAUCACAUUUUUUCAGCAAGAUUGAAUCGACGAGGGGCUUCUGCUGACGAGAUGUGGGCGCUGGCUGUCGUGGACUCAAGGUCCUUCAACCUGGCCACAGCUGAUGGCGAGGCUGUCCGUGCACUAGUUCCCUUCAUCGAUCUCUUCAACAACUUUUUGCCGCUGAGCUCGGGUGCAUCUAGCUGGAAUUGUGUGUUUCGUGGCACAAUCGAGUCUGGUGCGCUGCUACAAGCAGAGUGCCCAGUACAAGAAGGCGAAGAGCUCGUCCAUUUGUACGACGAGUUGUCCACGGCUGCACUUUGGGCAACCUACGGCUUCGUGCCGGAGGAGGAUAUCGACAACCCGUUCGAGGCACCGCUCAUCACAGUACCGCUGAACAAGGAACAGAGGAGGUUGAAACUGGACCUGGAAGACAGGCAUUGGCUGGAUGAGCAAACUCUGGGUUUCGAGAUACCGUGGGACGCCGAAGAGGGCGGUCCACUGCUGCCUGCCUUAUGCCAACUUCAGAAUGAGUCGUUGCACGCUGCGUCCAGGCACGUGUCCGUGUUGCAACACUUCAUUGAUUGA